AACGGCCAACGACCGAUUAAAUAAUACUAACAUCGUCCCCGACGGCCUCUUCCUCUUUCGCUCGUCUUCCCUUCGGCAUCGCAACAAGAGCGGAAAUCAUGUUCUCUCGAACUGCAUUUUCGGCCUUCCGUCCGGUCGCGCGGCCGACCUUUCUGCGUCCCGUUCGCUCCCCGGCCUUUGUGCUUCCCUCUGCCCUUCAUGCGCGCCUCUUGUCCUCGGAAACCAAGGCGGCAAUUGAAAAGGCAGUUGCCUCAGCGCCCGUGGUUCUCUUUAUGAAGGGCACUCCGGAAACGCCGCAAUGUGGCUUCUCGCGCGCUAGCAUUCAGAUUCUGGGUCUGCAGGGCGUUGAUCCCAAGAAGUUUGUCGCAUUCAACGUGCUCGAAGAUCCCGAACUGCGUCAAGGUGUCAAGGAAUACUCGGAUUGGCCGACCAUCCCACAGCUGUACCUGGACAAAGAGUUCGUCGGAGGGUGUGAUAUCUUGAUGUCCAUGCACCAGAAUGGAGAACUUGCCAAGUUGCUUGAGGGCAAGGGCGUUCUGGUCGCGGCGGAUCAGUAAAUUGGUAAGCCCGUACUGAGGAUGCAAAUGGCAUCCCCGUAGCGGGUCGUAUCUUUGUAC